CCUGGAGCGAGAGCCGCGACAGUCUCUCGGCCGAGACCAGCCCCCUUGCCCCGAGUUCCGUGUAUCUCUUAAAUUUCUCUCUUCAACCCACAGCGAGCGGUUGCACAAAUGAUGGCACCAUCUCUUCCAUGCUGGCAUGCAUACAUGCUUGCUUGCUACAAGCGCAAUACCCAUGGAAAGCUCGGAGCUCGUUGUCCACCCACACAACGCCUGCUCGUCCCCGAGCAGCCAAAAAUGACGUCCGCUCCCGUGGUGACGACGGCCUUAGGGUCCGCCUCGGCAUUGCAAGAGUCCCUGGCCAAAAUUCGGCACCAUGUCAGCAGCAAGCUCGAGAACCAGCGCGUGCCAGCCCUGCUGCUCCAGGCGGUUGAGGACGGCCUCAGGGAGCAUCGCCAGGAGGAGCACAAGCAGCGGCAGGACGGAGAGGAAGCACCAGCCGCUGCCAUGCAUGACGACGGCGCGAGCAGGCACAGCAGCGAGUUCAAACCGACGGAAUACUUUCUCGCCAUGACCAGUAUGGCUGAACAGGCAACAGGCGCAAAGGCACCAUCCUCCCUCCUUCCGUCUCUGCUCUACCUCCUCUCCCUCACCGUUCCGCACGUGCCCGCAGCGGUGCUCACCUCCAAGCUCGCCACGCUCCUGCAGCUGGUCCACAGGCCACUCUUCAACCCGCACAUCUCUGCCGUCCUCACAGCCGCCGCUGCUGCAUCCGCUCCGCAAACAGGUGCAGCAACUCAGCAAGAGGGCCUCGCGGCGCAGCUCCGCUCGACGCUCGCCAUCCUCCAGACGCUGCUCGCCAGCCUGCCGCGUGCCCUGCUCAGCAAGGAGCUCGGUGUGCUGCAGGCAUACAACUCGACACUCCGGCUCUGCCUCGAUGUGCGCCCUAAAGUCCGCAGGCGCGCGCAGGAGCUCGUCACCGCCACGCUCAAGGGCAGCGGCAGCGGAGACGCGCAUCCGUACGUAUCGACCACCUGCACCUGGCUCAUCGCCUCGCUCGAGGCCAUCUCUGAAUCGUCGUGCGCCCCAUCAUCGUCCGCCGCGGCGUCCUCAUCAUCGUCAGCCAAUGCUGCAAAGGUCGAGUACGACAAGAAGGCCGGAAAGGCGCGCAACAGCCAGGCCGCCGCCGCGCUGCGUCAGUCCGCCGUGCAGCUGCAGCAGCAGCAGCAACAGCAGAUCAGCACCGGUGCCGGCAUUUGGGUCUGCGGCUUUGCAAAGGAGCUCCUCCCAAUCUUGAGCGCGCAAGGCACCCUAUCCGGGAAGGCAGGCGCCUCCGUCGCAAAGGGAAAACAAGGCGUCGCAGCUACAUCGGUCGUGGAGAAGCUGCUCGCUGCGCUGCUCCGGCUGCCGAGCCUGCAAAAUCCGUUCCUGAGUGUCGCCUCUUUUGACUGCUUCCAAGCGCUCUUCCGUGGCAACGCCAACGCAGAUGCAGAUGCGAGCGCCUCUGCUUCGGCUCCAUUGCUCGACUCGACUAUCCGUGCACUGCGCGCGCCGAAACUCAAGGAUGCAGCAUACGCCGAUGUGCAGCUUCUGCCGUCGUACCUGCGUGCGCUCGCCUCAGCACUGGUUGCACUGUCGCGGCGCGACGCUACUGCCACCGUCUGGUCUGCAUCUAGCGGCGGCGGCGAUGUUGAUGCGCUCGAGAUGUUCAAGGACGUUAUGGAGAAGAGCCUGGGGAUGGACGUGGGCGGCAAGAGCAAGGAAGUGCGCAAUGCGGGCAGGGACAUGCUUAUCGAUGUCAUCCGAUACGUCCUCCCGAACGACAUGGUCGUCGCCAGCGCGGAGGCUGCUGCAGCUGCAAACGGCGGCGGCAAAGGCAAAUCUGCAAACGGCCGCGAUGCCGUCAAGGAUGUCGUGGCACUGCUCGAAGAGGCCUUCGGCGCCAAGGCGCUGCGCUACACCCACGCGCGCGCAGAGCUGCUCGACGUCCUCGUCGCUCUGAUCAGCAAGUGCCGUGUCCGUGUCAGCAGCAGCGUGCAAGUUGCACAGACGCAGACGGCGGCCCAGCCGCGGCGCCCGGCAACAGCAGCCGAACUGCUCCUCCUCCCGCUCGUCCGCAUUGUUGCGACUCUGCGCGUUGCGGCCGGCUUCGAGUACCGCGAGCAGGCGGAUGCUGUGCUUGGCAUGGCCGUCGAGGUUUGCGGCCCCGGCGUCGUCCUCAGCCUCCUACCGCUCGGCCUGCUCGGUGAAAAUGAUGACUCGGUCGGCCGCGCGUGGCUGCUCCCUCUCAUGCGCGGGCGCAUCACUAACACCGAGCUCGGGCACUUUGUCCGCCACAUGGUCCCGCUUAGCGAGAAGCUCUUCGAGCGCCGGGUGCACGCACAGGAGCAGCUCAACGCCACCGCCGGCACCAACGCUGUGGGCCCUCCGGUCAAGAAGCACAGCGUCGAGGCCAAGAUGUACGAAGCGCUCACCGAGCAGGUCUGGGCCCUCUUCCCGGGCUACUGUGACCUGCCCGUCGAUCUUGCGAGCGCGUUCAACAAGAAAUUCGCCGAGCUGCUCGCCAACGUCCUCUACUCGCAGCCGGCACUGCGCCCGUCCGUCUUCCGCGGCUUGCAGUUGCUCAUCGAGCGCAACACAUCGCUCGCCAGCUCGAGCGCGCCCGCUGAUGACAUGCUCACGGCGUUCGGCCUGGCGCAGGCCGACGGCAAGGUGCACCUCGCGCACCUCGCCAGCAUGGCCGAGAACCUGCUCGCAGUCUUCUUCAACGUCUUUUCGCAGAGCCCGUCAGACUCGCGCGGAUAUAUCGCCGACGCUAUCACGGCGUACAUGGACGUGCUCGACAAGCAGCAGGUCACAAAGACCUACGGCAAGCUGCUCGGCAUGCUGCAGAGCGCCAUCCCGCAGGUGACACCCAAGUCUGAGCGCGAGGCGGCGAUGGAGGAGAGCGGCAACAGGGCACCUCCGCCCGCGUACACCAUGAUGGACCUUCUCGUGCUGCUCGUGCCCUUCCUUGCCAAGGCAGAUGUCGCGCAGCUGUUCGACACUGCGCUCGGCGCGUCGCUACUCGGCAACAAGGAUCCCGGCAUUCAGAAAAAGGCGUACAGGCUGCUGACACGUCUUGUCGAAUCCAAGCUGGCCUCCUCGGCGCUCACGGCGUACAUCGAGGACAGCGACAGGGCCGGCAAGAAAGCUUCGCGCCUGGCGGUCAUGCUUCGCAGGCUCGGUCAGGCAACCGAGCAUGUGACUGCUGGCUCGAAGCGCGAUCGUAUCGCGCUGCUUGCGGCGCUCGUGCCCAAGAUCCCCUCCAGCGAGCUGCACUUCUUGCCGUCCAUUAUCCCCGAAGCUGUUCUCGGCACCAAGGAGGCCAACCAGGCCGCUCGCCAGUCCAGCUACGAUCUGCUGGUGCUCAUGGGCGAGAAGAUGAAGGCUGGCGGCAUUAUCAAAGCCGGGUUGAUCAAUUCAACUGAUGAUGACGAUGGUGAUGACGACGAUGACCCUGAUAAUGACGAGAACGACGAGGGCAUGAAGGAUACAGGCGAGGAAAAAGCUGCGACACUUGAAGAGUACAUCACCAUGGUCGCUGCUGGCCUGGCCGGUGCCUCACCGCACAUGAUUAGUGCCACGAUCACGGCCGUUUCUCGGUUGGUGUACGAGUACAAGGAGGAGCUGUCGCGCGACACGCUCGACGAGAUCGUGUCCACGAUUCUGGUAUUCCUGCGCUCUGCCAACCGCGAGAUCGUGAAGAGCGCCCUCGGCUGCGUCAAGGUUGUAAUUGUCGGCCUCGAGCACAACUUGCUCGAAAAGCACCUCGGCGAGCUCGUGCCCGCCAUGCUCGGCUUCAGCCCGGCCAACAAGCAACACUUCAAGGGUAAGGUGCGGCACAUCUUCGAGCGGCUCAUCCGGCGCUUCGGUUACGAACGCAUCGAUGCUCUCACGGAUGAGGACAACAAGAGGCUGGUGCAAAACAUCCGCAAACGCAAAGAACGCGCCAGGCGCAAGAAGGCUGCGCGUGCAGACGACAGCGAGGAGGAGGAGGAUGGGGAGCUGGGUGGCGCGUCAGCUGCUGCGGCUGGUCGACGCGCGACCAAGAACACUGGUCUGGAUGGGUUUGAAGACGCGCUGUACGGCAGCGACAGCGAUGUGUCGGCCAGCGAUGAUGAUGGCGAAAACGACGCCGCCGUUGCCAGCAGUGGCAAGCAAGGCGGGCGGAAAGGAAAGCGCGGAGAGCAACGCAAGCAGCAGGAGCAGACGUACAUCAUGGAGGACGACGAUGAACCUAUGGAUCUGCUCGACCGCAACGCUGCUGCCGGCCACGUGUUCACUCGCCAACAACAACAGCAGCGCCAACAGGGAAAGGGUCGCGCGAGGAAGGGCGGAGAGAACUUUGGCUUUGGCACGGACGCAGAGACGGGAAAGCUACUCUUGCGCGACGAUGAAGAUGACGAUGACGAGACGAAGGGCAAGGGUGCUGGCAGUGGCAAUGGCAAGCGUGGCCGUGGACGCGCCAACGGCAUGGAAGUUGACGGCGAAGACGAAGAGGAAGACGCGGGCAACGCGUUCCUCGCCAAGGGGAGAGGCAUCGACGGACACACGAUCGGCCGAGGCGGAGUGGUAAAGUUCCACAAGAACACGAAGCGCAUGCGCGCCGACGAAGAGGAGCUGGCUGAGAUCCUCGGCGGCGGCGAUGCGUCGGCGGACGGCAGAAAGGGUCGGAAGAAGCAGGUGCAGAGCAAGAAGGCCAAGACGCAAAUCGGGGCCGAGUUCAAGGCGAAGCGCGCGCAGGGCGACGUUGUUAAGCACGGCGUCAGCCCUUAUGCAUAUGUACCCCUCUCGCAAGUGUCGGGCAAGAAGCAGGCCAAGGCGGCAAAGGGGAUCAACAUCACCGGGCACGGCAAGCGCCGCCCAUAAUGUCGUUGUGGUGUGGCCAGCUCGCGCGCUUCGUAUCGAGGUGCAACCCGUCGCGGCGCUUGCAUGAAUUCUCGCUCGUCUGGCUCUCCUUGCUGUGUAAAUAUGUACUACAUUUUCGGUCCUGGCAUUACACCCUUUCCUUUCCGA